AUGUCGUCUAAUGAUAAAGAGGUCGACGUGUCUGAGCAAAAGGUUCCUCAUAUCACCUAUGCCGACGAUGUCGAUGUGGAAGCUCGUCCGCGAACCGGGGCACGAGUAUCGCGUCGCAUGUCUACGGACUCGAUGUCGAUCCGUUCGAUAUCGCGUCAAAGAGCCGUUGAUCCAUCGCUGGUCUUACCGCCGGCAUUCAGGACAAUGUCCUUCGAUGUCGAGCAAAGUAAGGCGAGAAACGAUGCGCCGGUAAAAGGCGUGCCGAAAGGAGCACAGGAUGUGGCCUGGACAGAUUUUAGCACCUAUGAUCUCCACACCAUACCGAUCGAAGAAGUGUUCCAGCGCUUCUCAAGUUCACCUACUAGUGGUUUGGGUACAGACCAAGCCAUGGUAUUGUUAAGAGAGGUCGGCCUCAACAAGCUUACUGCACCACCAUCCAACUGGUUCAUGAAAACGGUAACCUACCUGUUCGGAGGCUUCGGCUCCAUUUUGUUCGUCGCAGCCAUCAUGGUGUUUAUUGCAUGGAAGCCUCUUGGUGACCCUCCUGCACUUGCCAACCUGGCGCUCGCCAUUGUCUUGGUACUUGUAUGGCUCAUCCAGGCAGCAUUCAGCUUCUGGCAGGACUUCUCAAGUGGUCGUGUCAUGGCUUCGAUCAAUACCAUGCUGCCUGACCAAGCAAUGGUCCUCAGAGAAGGUAACUGGUCAAGUGUAGAGGGUACAAAACUUGUUCCUGGCGAUGUCAUCAAGAUCUCCAUGGGCAACAAGGUUCCUGCAGACGUGAGAUUCUUUGACGUCUCUUCAGAUGCUCGCUUGGAUCGCUCCAUCUUGACUGGUGAGGUCAAGCCUCUGGUUGCGACUGUCAAGUCCACAGAUACAAACUUCUUGGAAACCGCAAAUAUUGGUCUUGCUGGAACAAACUGUACCACCGGCACGUUGUACGGUGUCAUCAUAAACACGGGUGACCAUACAGUUUUUGGAAAGACCGCAAGACUUACCAGUCACGCCAAACAAGGUCUCACCCCGCUCCAGAAGGAAAUCUACAUUUUUGUCGGUAUCAUCACUGCACUGAUGGUUUCCAUGAUCAUCCUCGUCAUCAUCGUCUGGGCUACCUGGCUUCGCAAAGAUCAUCCUGACUGGAUCAACGUUCCUACUUUGAUCGUUGAUUGUGUAUCGAUCGCGGUCGCAUUCAUUCCAGAAGGUCUGCCAAUCGCUGUCACCGCCAGUUUGACAAUCACAGCCGGCAUCAUGAAGAAGAACAAGAUCCUCGCAAAGUCGCUGAAGACAGUUGAAACACUUGGAGCUGUCAAUGUUAUUUGUUCAGACAAGACUGGAACAAUCACCAAGAACGAGAUGACUGUCACCGAUUUUUGCAUCGGCUACCAUCCUCACCCAGCAUCCAAGGCUGCUAGCAUGGUUGAUCAAUCCCCGGCUAUAGCUCGAUUGGCCAUGCUAAGCGGUGUCUGUAAUGCCGGCGAGUUCGAUGCCAGUACUAGAGACAAGCCAGUUGCCGAACGCAAGGUUCACGGAGACGCCACGGACAGAGCAGUGCUUAUGUUCGCUGAGAAUAUCAUGCCCACAGUAAGACUCCGCAGUCUGUGGCGUACGAUCUACCGCAUCGACUUCAAUUCGAAGAACAAGUUCAUGGUCAACGUCUGCCAGAACGAAAGUGAUCCUCAGCAAGGUACUCUUUUAACCAUCAAAGGAGCUCCGGACGUGCUCAUUGGCAAGUGCUCCACGUACAUGGACCAAAAUGGCGAUAUACAAGAGCUUGGUAAUGAAGGCCGAUCAGUGAUAGAGACCAUCAAGAACAGGUGGUCAUCUCAGGGCAAGCGUGUACUCCUGCUUGCUCAGAAACCAUUGAGUCAAGUGAAGCUCAACCCACAAGAGCAACCGCAGUACUACGAGGAAUACAUCAUGGCGAAUGUUGCCUCUGGUAUGACUCUUGUUGGUCUUGUCGCCAUUGUUGAUCCUCCCAGGCCAGAAAUGACCGAAGUGGUCAAAACUUUGAAGGGUGCCGGUAUUCGCAUCUUCAUGGUCACUGGAGACUUCAAGCUCACUGCCAAAGCCAUCGCUUCUGAGUGUGGUAUCAUCAGCCAGGAGGCCGAUGAUAUUCAUGCUCUGGACUAUGACAGCAGCUUGCACGAAUCUAACGUAUCAAAGGAAGGAUAUGCUACUUUCAGUAAUGCAUCGAAAUCGAUCGUACUCAGUGGAUCAGAGAUACGAAGCCUUGAAGAAGAGCAAUGGGACCGACUUUGCCAGUAUCAAGAAGCGGUAUUUGCUCGCUGUAUCCCCGAAGACAAACUUGUUAUCGUCAAAAAUUUGCAGCAGAGAGGCUUGAUCACAGCCAUGACUGGUGAUGGUGUCAACGAUGCGCCGUCGCUCAAAGCUGCGGAUGUUGGUAUCGCCAUGGGCUCUGGUUCAACCAUUGCCAUCGAAGCAGCCGACCUUGUUCUCCUAGACUCAUUCGCGGCCAUCGUAGAGGCUGUCAAGUACGGUCGUGUGGCUUACGACAACCUCCGCAAGACGAUUUCCUACCUGCUGCCUGCAGGCUCUUUCUCUGAGUUCUGGCCAGUUUUGACGAAUGUCGUCUUUGGUCUGCCACAGAUUCUCUCAUCCUUCCUCAUGAUUAUUAUCUGCUGCUUUACAGAUUGCGCCGCUGGUGUUGCUCUUGCAUACGAAGCUCCUGAAGCUGACGUGCUCAACCGUCCUCCUCGAUCCAAGAAAGACAGACUGGUGGAUUGGAAGCUGAUAUUGCAUUCGUAUGGCUUUAUUGGUCUGUUUGAGACAGCCCUCUCGUUCACAGUGAGCUAUUGGUUCGCUCAGCGUAAAGGGUUGUUCUUCUCAGAUCUGUGGUUCGGAUUCGGUAAGACACCCGAUGGCAUGGAUGAGGAUACCUACACCAAUAUCCUCAACAUCGCCUCGUCGAUCUACUUCGUGAAUUUGGUUGUAAUGCAAUGGUUCAACUUGAUGAGUGUGCGUACCCGUCGACUGUCACUCCUCAAUCAUGCGCCUUGGAAGAACCCGUAUCUCUUACCUGCCAUCAUCUUCGCGAUGAUCAUUGCCAUUUUCUUCCUGUAUGUGCCCAAGUUCCACAGCGUUCUUGGCACUGCAAUAGUACCAGUCGAGUACUGGUUCCUGCCAUUUGCUUUCGGAAUGGGCCUCCUGCUGUUCGACGAGACAAGGAAACUUCUGGUGAGAAAGUAUCCCAAAAGUAUCCUUGCCAGAAUGGCAUGGUAA